AUGACCGGUCAGCCAGCAAUCACCGAAAUGAAAGGGCACUCCAGUGCAGCGGAUUUGGAAUAUUGGACUGCCCAUGCUGUUCCAGUUCUUCGCUCCCUCCUCAGAUCUACUGGAUCUUAUUCGUCUGAGGAACAAGAUGCACAAGUUCAGUUCCUGACCAAGCACGUUCUGCCAAAUCUUGGUCCACGGCCGUCCGUUGCUUACACCAAGUCAUUCCUCACAAAGAGUGGUAGUCCUAUUCAGCUCAGCGUCAACCUCAGCGCUCGAAAGCCGCUGGUGCGCUACUGCUGGGAGAUUCUGGGGCCGCAGGGCGGUAGCGAGAGCGACCCUUUUGCCAUUGAGGCUGCCAAGAAUAUCAUCUCACACUUUGCUGACACACUCGGCUUCAGUACGCAAUGGAGCGAUGUGUUGAUGAAGUCCUUUGCGUUGACACCUGAGGAGCAAGCAGGAGGGCUCCUGGCGAUGGAGAGAUGGAUGGCAAAAUGUAUUCCGGCUGAUGCGCCAGUGAAGCCGCCAAAGAGUCUUCCUCUUGCGUUUGCUGCCUUUGACUUGAAAGGCGACCAAGUUUCUUCAAAGACCUACUUCAACCCCAAGGUUAAGGAGAUCGUCACGGGUGCAUCGGUAAAUGAACUGACUUGGGCUGUUCUUCGCGAUCUAAAGCCCGCCCUCCACCCCGAGGCUAUUGACCUUGUCCAAGAAUUUCUCUCCACUCGUCCCGUUCCAUCGGGCAUUGAGCUUGUGGGAGUGGACUGUGUCGACGAAGCCGGGCUUGCCAACGCACGCGUCAAGCUCUACGUGCACAGCAAGAGCAAUUCAUUCAAUACUGUACGGGAAUACGUCACGAUCGGGGGACGCUUGAAGGACGAGGCAACUCGCAAAAGUCUCGAAGUCCUGCACGAAAUCUGGCCUCUUCUUCUCCAAGAGCCCGAGGGCCUGCCGGACGACGACUUUGACAAGCCUCUGAAAGAUGCAUCCAUGUUUUUCCAGAAGCUGUACUUUAGCUUCGAGCUGCGACCGGGCUGCGAGCAUCCCGAGGUCAAGACGUACCUGCCGACGUGGAACUACGUGCGAAGCGACGAGGAGACGGUUCAGAAUUAUUCGGCUGUAUUUCGAAAGUGCGGCUACGAAUGGGGCCAAGAGGGAAAAUACAAGGCCGUGUUCGAAGAUGCCUUUGGGCCGGUGAACCAAGAACGAGCGGUGCCAGUACAUUGCGAUGCAUCGUUCCUCUUCUCCGAGAAGAAUGGUAUUUAUCAGACAGUAUACUUUAGCACGCCGCUCGCCGAGGAGGCCGGCUCGGAAGUGUGGUGA